CAAUACGCCAUUUGCUCACGAUCAAAACAAUUAGACAACGGCACAGGGAAAUAGUUACUAAUUAUGGACGACAGCGGCUGGUUAUCAACAAGGAACAAAAAGAAGGUACCAAAACCGCAACACCGGAUAAAGAAAAUGAGGUCAUCUAAUCUAAAGCCAGUGAAAUCGACGUGUAUACGGAUCACAAACUCACCACCCCCAAAACAGCUUUUUACUGCCACUAAACAAUCUUCAUUGAAUGACUUCUUUUCAACACAUGAAGACCCUCAAAUGGAAGUAGAAGUCAACUUUGAUCAUGACAGCCAGGCAGGAAAAUUAGAACAGAACAGCCAAGGAAAUAGCAACAUAAAUUUGUCUGACACAAAUGUAGUUACUAAGUGCAGUGGAAUGUCAGAAAAGAACGAUGAAAACAAACUCAGAAGCGAAACACUACAUGGUGAUUGUCGUAAUAAAGAUGGGUCACUAGAAGAUGAAGCAACUAUAACGUCAGAUAUUAAUUUGUUUGCUGAAAGAGAUAAAGAGACUAAAGGCAACCAUUAUUUUGUAGAUCACGUAAAUAUAGUAAGUAGGAGUAAUAAAGGAAAUAACAUAUCCACUCGUGAAAAUAAUGAUGAAAACAUAAUAGCAGCAAAAAUAAAUGCAGGGAAUUUGAAUAAAAGAAGAUCUGUUAAAAGGAUGCAUUUCUCAGGAGAAUCAGAUGUUAGUUUAGACAAUCCAGAGAAAAGAACUAGACUUGAUGUUACACUACCCGAAAAUGAUUUGAAACUGAGUAAAGAUUGUGCUGUAACAUAUAAUUAUCUAGUAAAUGAUAAGAAUAAGAAGUCCGACCGUACAAUUCCACAUGCUGUCAAAGAUAAUACUGUUCAACCACAAUCUGUUGAUGCGGACUUGGGAUUUGAUUCUGAAUAUGGCAUAAAUACUGAAGGUAUAAAUGUACCUGUGUCGUGCUUUAGCAGUCAAAGUUUAGAUCUUGGCAGUCAGCUUUCUCUGAAAAGUCAAGAGUUAGAAUUCGAAUCUGUAAAUACUUUAAACUUUGACACACAAUACGACAAUUUAAGCCUAGAAUUGAAUAAUGAAAGUUUAAGCGCUCUAAGGAGUUUGAAGGGGGAAAGUUUAACAUUUUCCAGCCAGACUGAAGAUACCGAUACCAUUUGUAACCUUGUAGAUGCUGACACUAUAAAUGUUGACUUAUCGUUGUCAACGGACUGUCAAAGUGAAACGUUUAAUAGAAAGUACGACGCAAGUCUUGAUUUAUCAAGUCAGAAUGAUUCCGUUGAUAUAGGUGCUAAAACAUGUGACGUAACCGACUCGCAGGAAUUACUGCAUGAUGAUUCACAGCUUUCUCUGACAUCGUCGCCGUCGGGAUCAGUUUUUGAGUAUCAGUCACUUGACUUUUCAUGACAUAUUCAAAUUUGCUAUAAUAGUCAUGUGACUGUAUAGCGUGUGAUUUUUUUGUGAAGUUCUUUCAGUAAUGGAAGUGUUUUACUUCUCAUUAUAUAAUGUAUACUUAGUAUAUGAUUUUGCUUAAAUGCUGAUAAAGAGGUUGUUUAAAAUUA